GUCGUUUGUUUAGUGACUGGAUCUCUUUCCUAGUGAUGCUAUAUAAUUUUCCAGGAAAUAUAUAUCUAUUGUGACUUUGCAAGUGCUGUACAAUGUUUUUGCUAGAAACGUUGUUUUCAAAGAAAAUAAAUUAAAGCGUGUGACUUGUCAAUCUGACGUCGGUAUAAUCAUCUACCUAUGUGCCGGAUGUGUCCUACAAUCGGUUAGGGCGAUUUUACGUGCCACCUUGAGUGGUGUACGUGUCCCGAUACCUAUGCUGCCUAGAAUAUGAGUGGCAACGGGAAUCAGGUGCCGUUGGCGCCGAAUCAGCGCGGACCCGGACCUUAUCCACGGGCGUCAACACCACACAGACCUGUGGAUUGUUACCAUCCUCCAGGCGCAACUGGAGCCGCUUACAUACAGAGCUCGGCCGGCGGCGCACAAAAUUCCGGUCAAGCUUCGCUGAGGGUCCAGCAAACACCACAGCCGUCGGCGCCGCCGGCACCUCAACAGGAUUUGUCAAAAAACACUAUGGCUGCCCAUAGUUACGUGGCACCGCAAAAUCAGACACCACAAGCUCGGGCGCAGUAUUCGAAUUUCCAAUACAGAGGGGCACAACAUGGAACAAGACCCAACACACAUCCUAGGCAACAGCAGCAGUUCAUCCCUGGCACCGCUGCCACAGCUACGGGAACGCUCAUGUAUCCUAUAGUGUUCCAGCCGACACAUAUGGGCAUGCAAACUUACCAGCAACCACGGUCGAGUACACAGGGGUACUUUCCAUAUAUGACGCCAUAUAUAAGUUACAGCAACCCUCCAAGUCAUACGUCACCUUAUUUCUUCACUUCAAACAACCAGCCGUUGCCUACGCCCAAUCUGCAAGGGAAUGCGCCUGGUGGUAGGAACAAUCCCACCACGCUAGUCGGCCCCCAAGGCACACCCGCGACUCCCACCGCACCUACGUCGUCGUUGUCGCACCCCCAAGGGCCUGCACAUAUGCAUCAAACUAUACCUGGGAUACGCCCAACGUUAAUACAGCCAACGAAGCGUCCGAGUCACAGAGUACCUAUCAUACACCCUGUUACUCGACAAGAUAUAUUGUCGGAAUUAGCGUCUAGUGAAAAUCAAUAUAUGAGUAGUGACUCCAACGAGAGGCAGACGCCGCAGCCAGAACAGCAGCAACAGUCGCAUAGUAGUAGUAUUGCUGAAGAAUUCACUAGGAUGGUAAAUGAAGUGGCUAAUCAGCCCACUUUGAGUGAAUCUGCUGCGAAAGCAGCAAAAAACAAUGAGGUGCCUACAACAACUUCCACAUCAAACUCACAACCUCAAAUAAAUGCAAUAACUUCUAUUAAUAGUAAUUUAGGGAAGUCUGAAAUGUUAACUAAUAACGAAAAUAAGAAUUUAGGACCUGAUGUUGCUGUUGAACCCAACGAAACGCCAGUCGUGUCAGCAAUAUCAGACAGUCCUGUUAUAGUGCCUAAACUGCCUAAGCAACUCCAAAAGAAUAGUGAUCAGAAUAUUCAGUCUUUAGUUAUAGAUACUAAUAAGAAUCCAGCUAAUAAGCAACAAAAAACAAUUAAAAACAAACCAGUCGUGCCUCAAGUCGAAGAUGUGGACAAGUCCACAGAUAAUAGUAAUAUAGUUCCUCAAGAGGCUGCAGUCCCGGCAGCGCAAGUAGCUACGGUGCCGCCACCCGCUACUGCGACCCAAGUGACCGCCCCAGCGACCACGACCGCGCCCGUCGCUACUCCCGCUCCCGCGCCUGCGCCCGCUGUCGCGUCCGCUCCAGCUCCCGCGCCCUCCCCUAUUACCGCACCUGCGGCAGCGCCAGUCGUGACCCACACUAUCGCUCCCACCGCCCCUCAACCGCAGAGGAUAAGAGAAAAUAGGCAAAGGCUCAGGUCGGAAGAAAAGGAGAAGUGCAAGGACAAAGACGUCUCACAAGAGAAGGAACCUACUGUGGCGAGCAAGCCCAACGGUCCCAUGGUACCUGUUCUGACUAGUUCAGUUGAUAGCUUACCAGAAAUUAUCAACCCCUCAACUAGUCAAAGUGGUCAAACCAUAUCUACAGAAUUCAAGGAAUCAACAUCUAAACAAUUAUCACCUACUCUAGAAACUGAUGAGAUAUCUAGCACAGAACACAAAACUGAGACUGUAAAAAGUGAAACAAUACCUGAUUCAGUCUUACCAACUGCUACAGAGUUGUUAUCUGCUAGCAUAGAAAAAGUUGCCAAGGAGCAGCCUAUUGUGCCUGAUAUAGUAUCUGAGACAAAAGAAACUACUAAUAGUGCUAUUGAAGCUCAAGCCAAAUUAACUCAAAGUUUAGCCAGCUGCCUUCGCACCAUUCAACCUGAGUCUAAGAUGAAAGAUAUUAAUCUUAACAAUAAGUCAACAGAUCCAGACACUGCCAAUGGUAACUCAACUGAUGUAGCAAAAUUGGACUCUGCCAAAGAAGAUUUCAAUAAAAAUGAAAAAGUUGUAAAGAAUAGUAAGAAUAAAAAAUCAGCUAAAAUGACUAGUAAUGAAACUACUUUGAAAGAGACAGAAUCAAAUGAAAAUGGUAAAGAUGAGACUGAUAAAGUAAGUAGUAUAGAGGAGGGAAAUGUCAUCCAGAAAGAAGAAUUAGAGAGCAAGCCAACUUCAGCAGAAAGUACUGAAGCUGCACCUACUCCAACUGUAUUUGUUCCUAAAUAUAAAUACACUGAAGAUCAAUGGUCACCACUAAACAAGACGGGCAAAAAGUGUUAUGACAUUGGAUUGCUGAAGCAAAUAAAAGAUGAUCCACUUUCAAAGAACAAACCCAAUGUUCCUUUAUUAGAAGCAUGUAACAUUAUCAGAACUGCACCAAUGCAAGAUACUAUGGCUUUCUCUACCAUUUCUAGACCUAUGAAUGACUCCUUAUUCCUUCCUUCCUUUGCCAAAGGUCCUGGAAUGAGUUCUAGGAGUAAUACACCCCGUGACACUAAAAAGGAUGGCAGAAAUAUGGUUCCAAGUGGUAAAAGCAGCAUUAAGCUUGCAUCUGCACCAAGUGGAAGCUCUUCACAGAAACAAGUGAUCCAUGUGUCAUUAUCGUUACGUGAGGAAGUUAAAUUGAACCAAGUUGAUUCUGCAUGGAAGCCAUCCAGAUUCAGGAAAGACAAUCUUACAGAAGAAGAUUGCAAAACUCAGGAAGUGUAUAAGCAAUUCAGGGGCAUAUUAAAUAAGUUGACACCACAGAAGUUUGAUACAUUGUUAAAGAAAGUACAGCAUUUGGAAAUCAAUAAUCAAAAACGUCUUGAAGGUGUUAUUGAUCUAGUGUUUGAAAAGGCCAUAGAUGAACCUAAUUUUUCAGAGGCGUAUGCUGCUAUGUGUAGUAAAUUGUCAACUUUAAAGGUGCCAGCAGAUAAUGCAGCAAAUCCUGAACAAUGUGUAAAUUUUAGACCCCUAAUUAUUAGCAAGUGUCAGAAUCAAUUUGAAACUAAUAAAGUUGAUGAAAAUAUCCUAAAACUGGAAAAAGAAUUAGGAGAAUGUACUGACCCUGCCAAGAAGAAAGAACUUCAGCUACAAUUAAAUGAAGAGAAUAGACGUAUCCGAAUGAGGUCUGUUGGAAACGUGAGAUUCAUUGGUGAAUUGUACAAAUUGAAAAUGUUAACUGCCAAAAUCAUGGUAUAUUGCAUGAAUAAUUUGAUUGACAAAUUAGAAGAAGAAAAAUUAGAAUGCUUAUGCAAAUUGCUCACUACUAUUGGAGAGCAAGUUGAAAAUGAGGUCAGGGAUCAGCUUGAUAAUGUGUUCAAGAAAAUGCAAGACAUUGUUGUUGAUCGUAAAACAAAUAAAAUUAGCAGCAGGGUUAGGUUUAUGAUUCAAGAUGUCAUUGAACUUAGGAGGAGAAGAUGGGUUGUGAAAGGUGUUGUGGAUUCUCAACCUAAAACGAUGGAUCAAAUCCAGAGGGAAGCUGAGCAGCAACAGCGUCAUAUAGAAAUGAUGAACGCUGCACCUAUGGGCGGCGGAUUCCGACGCGACGAAGGAGGUCGUGGGAAAAGAAGCGAAGGCCGUAACAGACAAAAUGCUAAUUCCUUUAUGGAUAGUAUAAAUAACUGGAAAACGCCUAGGAAUAGCUACACUGUAGAUACUUCGAAAUUAAAAGCUGUGAGUGCUGCUACUCCAAAGAAUUUGAAUAAUAUAAAAUUAGGCCCUCCAAGCUCUGGAUGGACACAAGGAUCGGGCACAAAGAAUACUGCUCAAAUGGGUAGCAAUUCUAUGAUUAGUCUUACUAAAAAUAAUAUGUAUGAAAUCUUAGAAAAUGUACAAACUGACACUGCAACUCUCAGAGGAAACAAAGAUAUCGCACCAACAUACCAUUCUAAAGGUGCUUCCAUUGAGAGAUCGACAUUUAACUCUAGGGCAGAUUUUAGUAAUAAUAGUGGUAAUGGUAGCCGGUCCGGUUCAGUGAGAGCAGCUCGCUCUAAUUCGGGCAGCCGCAGUACAAGUGCUGCACCGGUCACGCCGCCGGUGCCAGAAGCGCCCGCGCCACAAAUCGUAUCCGUGUCGCAAGAGCCCCUCCCUGACGCCAAGAAAAAAUCUGUCAAAUCGACGAUUGAUCUAUGUCUCAUCAAUUGUGACAAUGAGGAAAUGGUUGCUGACAUCAAGCAACUGUUCCCUCCACAAUAUCAUGCUGCAGUAAUUACUGAAAUACUCAAUGUUGCUUUAGAAAAGGCAUCGAAGGAGGUUUCAUUAUUAGCCAAAUCGGUGUUACAUUUAGUAUCCACCAAUACAAUUUCGCCAGAAAAUUUUGUAUCUGGCAUGAAGGAGAUUUUCGAAUUUGCGCCUGAUUUGUGCAUUGAUAUUCCAAUGUUGUAUGAAUAUUUAGGAAAGUUUAUUGCUCCACAAAUUGAAAAGAAGCAUAUCACAUUCAAGCAAACAUUUAGGCUGUCACAAAAUAUUAUAGAAAAUAAUCAUGGACAUUUAUUGCUGAAAGCCAUUAUAAAGGAUUUGAAGGAAAGCAUGGGUCCGACUUUUGUGAAAAGUAAAUGGCAAGAGUCUGAGCUGCAAUUAAAAGAUUGGAUGGAUGAAAACCAGGUUGCCAAAUGGGUAGAAGAAAAUAAAUUCCAGUUCUUGGAUGGUGGUUCCAGGGACUUUGAAGAAACGAAAAAAAUAUUGACACCGGCCGAAGCUCAGAAAAAGCUCCUGCAACUUAUGAACUCUGAUGAGAGUUGUGAGUGUAUUAAGGGAUGGGUACAGGAUCAUCUGGGUAAAUCUUCAAAUGAAGAUUGGUUUAUGCGAGCAUUGAGUCAAGCAAUCUGUGAACACGCUCUAUUUGGAGCAGAAGGACGCGACAUACCGCGUUUCAAUCAGGAACGAAUGAAUAAAUAUGCUGGACUUAUCAAUGAGUUUGGUGAAACGAAACAGGCUAGGGAAGCUCACUGUUUGUUUGGUAUACAACAGUUAAUACAUAGGCUAGAACAUCCACAAGGUUUAACAUUAGAUAUAUUCCAAUAUUUACAUGAACAAUAUAUAAUAACUGUAGAGGGAUUUAUUGCAUGGGAAGAAUCUGAUUUGGAACCAGAAGGCAAAGGUGUAAUGAUGAAGGCGCUGACGUCGUUCUUUACAAACAUCCGGGAGGCGGACAACGAGGACUCGUGUAGCGAAGACUGACGCGCGCCUCCAGACGCGCUCGCGGCAGCGCCCGCGCCCGCGCCUCCCGCCCGGUCGAGCCGGCCGGCCGCCCCCGAAGCACCCGCUUACAAUGUCUUCU